CCUUUUUUAAUCUCCACCAUUUCUUUUGCUUGUUUUGACGUGUAAUUUUGAGUCGCUUAAAUGUGUCGCAGCGACUAUGAACCGAACAGGGCCUAAGUGUAACCAUUCCUGGUUGGAUCUUCCUCAAGAUCUCUUGAUUUCAGUAUUGGAAUGCCUCGGCUUUUCUGAUUUCCAACGAGCUAAAUCCGUCUGUCGGUCUUGGUACUUUGCUUCGAGACAAGUGGUGGCCAAAAAUCACAUCCAUUGGCUGAUCAUCUUCCCUAAAGACGAGAAGAGAAAUUCAUGCACGUUGUUCAAUCCCGAGGAAAAAGACAAACUUAACAAAACGCAAAGUCUUGAUGUGGAAUUUUCAAUGAGUUGUUGUAAGGAAACUCAUGGAAGUUGGCUCCUUAUGUCAGAUCGAUGGUGUAAUCUCUAUAUUUUGAACCUAUUCACCCACGAGAGGAUCAAUCUACCUCAUGUGGAUUUGUUGGACGAGUUUGAGUUAGGUCUCAGGAAAGGUAAGCCCUAUAGGAGGUAUAAGGCUAGGAAAAUGCGAUCCGCUGUGUUUUGGAUUGACGAGAAAACCAAAGAUUAUGUAGUUGUUUGGGGACUUUUGGGUUGGUGUGUAAUUUAUUCCAAGAAAGGAGAUACCUCGUGGAAUCAAAUCCCACAAACUUCAGAUUGCUUCAAAAUGGUUUACAAGGAUCACAAGCUUUAUUUCCUAAGCAAGACUGAGAGUUUCAAAAUCUUCGAUUUCUCUGGAGGGAUUCCACAAGAAACCUUUCAGUGUAUUUUUAAACUGGAAAAAAUAAAUCACUUGGCGGAAUGGACAAAUAAUGACACAAAACUUGUAGUCACGGUAACAGGGAAAGUCCUCAAGGUUGAAAAAAUAUGGAGACACAGUACUAGAACCACCUCCUUCCGUGUUUUUGAGAUUUAUUCAUCAGACUUGAUGAAGAAAACAGAACGGCGGAUUAACUCUCUAGGGGAGGAGUCAAUGCUUUUGGAUAAAGGCAUCACUGUGCUCGCCAAUGACACUUAUGGAUUCAUUAGAAAUUCCAUCUAUUUCAGUGGUUCUGAUGGAGGUCAGACAAUGGAUAUGUUUAUCUUCAACCUCGAGACACAGAAAACUGAGAAACUGCACACAUACUAUCCUUCUUCUUUUCCAUGAGUGGUUCAUACCAAGUUGCAUACAUUAAAAUGUUGAUCUCGACCAUGCAUGUUUUUUUAUUCAAUAUGUUAUUUUACCCUAGUGAUGAUCAUGUAUUCUUGUUUAUGUUUGGGUUAAAUGUGAUGUAUACG